AUUAUCGCUAGUUCGAUCGGUAGCGGGAGCAGAGCCGACCCUACAGAUCCCCGAGGAGCACGACUGCCGCCGCCGCCGGCCUAGUUACCAUCACACCCCGGCAGGAGCCGCAGCCGGCCCCAGUCACCAUCACCGCAACCAUGAGCAGCGAGGCUGAGAUCCAGCAGCCGCCCGCCGCCCCUGCCCUCAGCGCUGCUGACUCUGAGCCCGGCACCACUGGCAGCGGCGCAGGAACCGGCGGCCCAGGCGGCCUCGCAUCGGCGGCGCCUGCCAGCGGUGACAGUGUCGUCGACACGAAGGUUUUGGGAACAGUGAAAUGUUUCGAUGUAAGAAGCGGAGAUGAUUUUGUUAACAGUAUGGGAUGAACCAGAGAAAAUCCAUGUCGAGAAUUUUUCAAGUAUGAAAAGAUUGAAAAUAAAAGCACGUGUAAAAUUGUAACACAGAUAUGGUGGGAGACCAUGCAGCAAAUUUAGAGAGGCACUUGAAGCGUCACCAUAUGGAUAAAUACAGUGCAGUGCAAAGCAAGAAGACAAAGAAGAUUGAAGAAAGUGUCAGAAGUGUUCCGAAUAGGCAACAAAAAACAUUAGAUGAAUUUGUUUUACCAGAAUGCAUUAAGGUGAAAUUAGAUAAACAGUUGUCAAUGCAUAUGUUGAAUUAGUUAACGUUUGUUCGUUUGAGUUAAUUGAAUAUUCAGGAUUCCGUAAAAUUUUAAUAUCCAGUUAUUGCUUCAGUUGGUCAAAAUUUUUCAGUCAAUUCAGAGACUAUUAGAGAAAUGAUACCUAACUUGCCCUUAAAACUAAAAAAAUUGGAAUAAUCUAGGAAAACGAAUAUUCUCUUUGAAAGUUGAUAUUGCCAGUACAUUGAGUCGGUCAUUUGUAGGAAUUAAUGUUCAUUUCACACAAGAUGGUAAGAUACAUCUGUUGACACUGGGAAUGACACACAGGUCUGUAAAUAAAAAACAGUAUAUUAAGUUUUAAAGAAGUACAUUGAUUUACAACAGGUUUAUUCUAUAACCAUGGAAAAUGGCUCCGAUACGAUUAAAUUUGAUUUUCUCAGAAAUGAUAGUGAAAUCAAAUGGCAAAUGUCAGGGCAAAAUGACAGUUUUGAAGACUGAUUUAGUACACUCUGACUUGCAGACAUUAACCAUUGCAGAGUGUGGUGAAAGCAACAAGGUUUAUAAGAAAAGAUUGGUAUAAAGUGCUGCACACACAGACUUCAAUUAGUUAUUAAAGACACAAUAAAGGAUGCUGAACUGAGAGAAUUUUUAGGAGAAUGUCAUGAAUUCAUUUGAAUACCUUGUAUUCUGACAUUGUCUACCAAAUUUUUGGAAAAUAAUUUAAACCUAUACUGGAAUGCCCAAGAAGAUGGAACAGUAUAUACACCUGUUAGAUACCUUACUUAAAAAAACCCAUUGGCAAUGAGUUGAUUCCGACUCAUAACGACCCUAUACGGCAGAGUAGAAUUGCCCUAUAGGGUUUUCAAGGAGUGGCUGGUGGAUUUGAAUGGCUGGCCUUUAGGUUAGCAGCUGAGCACUUAACCACUGCACCACCAGGGCUCCAGAAAACUUACUAGGGUGCAAAAAUCUCUGCGAUGUGUUAGCUGAGAAUAAUAUGAAAUAGAACUUUUCAAAUGAUAAAUGGGCAUACGUCAAAUUAAUUUUAGAAACUUUAAAACCUUUAAAGAAAGUUACAGUAAGAUUGCAAAGUGAACAAUUAACCAUGAAUGAUGUUUUGGGGAUGUGGUUGGAAACUAAGCUAAAAUUAACAACUCUUAAUACAUUUGGAAAGACACUGAAAAAUUUAAUGUCAGGGAAAAAACUAUCAUUGAAAAUGAUAGCAUAUUAGGAGCAGUUUAUCUAGAUUCUCAUUAUCAGAUUCUAAUUAGUUCUGAAUUUAAGGCGAAGGCCGUAUUUUAAAAAGCAUUUGGGAAAUGAUAGAAAAUCUGAAAAAGCAAUACUGAAAGUGUUAACAAAGGAAAGCAAUUCAGGAAAUAGUUUUGUUUCAAAUGAUGUUGGUGAGAUGGAAUUAUUUCCCAAAAUGAAAGGAAAAAAGUUAAAUUGACAUCAAACAACUACUGUCAAUAUUGACUCUAUAUUAAGAAGCUUUGAUGGUGUGUGAAUAGUUGAGCGGAAAAAAGAGUAUUCUUAAAUUUUGGCAUGAAAACCGUUCACAGUAUCCCCAGUUUUAUGAAAUUGCUACGGGAGAUUUGGGUACACCAGCUACUCAGGUCAGUGUUGAGAGAGCUUUCUCAGGUUUGAAAUUCAUCUUGUGAGACGACCAAACCAAAAAACCUGUUGCCGUCGAGUCUGUUCCAACUCAUAGUGAGCCUGUAGGACAGAGUAGAACUGCCCCAUAGGGUUUCCAAGGAGCAGCUGGUAGAUUCAACCCACUGACCUUUUGGUUAGCAGCCACCGCUCUAAACCACAGGGAUAGCUUAAAUGAAAAAAUAUUAGAGGACAUUCUUUUAAUUAGGGGUAAUUAUGGUUUAUUGCAAUGAUGUUUUCUUAAUGAACUGUGUACUUGUGUAUGAAUUAAAUCUAUAUUUGUAAUAAAAUGUUUAUUUUAUGUAAUGUUAAGGCAAUUCGUCAGAACUGGGGUGAAUAUUAUAUUAAAGUAUUAAAUAUUUUAUUGUGCUUUGCCUUUAUGUAUUGAUGUAUUAAGUAUAAUAGCAUACUUUGUAUUUCUAGUAUUUCAUGAAUAAAUUUUUAUCCAUUUUACGUGCCUAUUGUUAGUAGUGAAAUGUUACCUACAUCAAAAUUAAGUUUAUUUUCAGUGUAUUUUAUAGUACUGAGAAUUUCCUACUAAAAAAAGUGUUUCAGAUCUUCAAUUUAAUAUUUAUACAGUGUGUUAGGAAUGUUUUUAUCACAAUACGAUCUUUAAAAUGACUGUACCAGUGAAUUCUAGUAUAUUUUAAAAAAUAGAAUUUAAAAAUAUAUUUUCAUCAUAUUUUUCAUUGUGUUGAAAUGUUUUGAGACAGUGAUUAAAAUUGAACAUCAUUGUCAUUUUAAGUUUAAUUAUUAAUGUGUAGAAAAUAGUUUAAUACUACUUUCAAAACAUUUAAAAUUUUUGGGAUGAACAAAAUUCAGGUUAAUAUAAAAAUGCAAUAUUAUUUGCAGUAUAAGGAACGAAUUUGGUAGCCAUAUUUCUUCGGAUGAAAUUGCUCCAGGUUAUGCAUUUGCAGAAU